CAGGUUCACAACGCAGAAGACCAUGCUGCCCUGUUAGCCAGUCUGCCUGACGCCCUGCUUCAGUGCAACUUCUGCCCUGAAGUGUUAAGCGACCUGAACGCUCUCCAGGAACACAUCCGCUGCUCCCAUGGCUUCCCCAGCCCCGUUGCUAAAGAGAGCAACGCCUUCUUCUGCCCCCAGUGCUUCAUGGGGUUCUUGACAGAGGCGACCUUGGAGGAGCAUGUUCGUCAGACACAUUGUGAUGGCGGAAGCCUCCGAUUUGACUCUCCUUUGGCCGUAACUCCCAAGGAGCCCAUAGUGGAGGUGUACUCCUGCUCGUACUGCACUAACUCCCCGAUAUUCAACAGCGUGCUAAAGCUUAACAAGCACAUUAAGGAAAACCACAAGAACAUUCCUUUGGCUCUGAACUACAUCAACAACGGAAAGAAAUCCCUGCGGACUCUCAGUCCAUCUUCGCCAAUAUCAGUGGAGCAAACGACCAUCCUGAAACAAGGCAGCUCAGCUUCACGCACGACCAGUGAGUUCAUAUGCAACCAGUGUGGAGCCAAGUACACAAGUUUAGACCUUUUCCAGACCCACCUGAAGACUCACCUGGAUGGUCUGCAGCCUCAGCUCACGUGCCCACAGUGUAACAAAGAGUUCCCCAACCAGGAAUCCUUGCUGAAGCACGUGACGAUUCACUUCACCAUUACCUCCACCUAUUAUAUCUGUGAAAGCUGUGACAAGCAGUUUACGUCCGUGGACGAUCUGCAGAAGCACCUGCUCGACAUGCACACUUUUGUGUUUUUCCGCUGCACCCUUUGCCAGGAAGUGUUCGAUUCCAAGGUCUCCACCCAGCUCCACCUGGCCGUGAAGCACAGCAACGAGAAGAAGGUGUACCGUUGUACGUCCUGCAACUGGGACUUCCGGCAUGAGACUGAUCUCCAACUGCACGUCAAACACAGCCAUCUGGAGAACCAAGGCCGCGCCCAUCGUUGCAUAUUCUGUGGGGAGUCUUUUGGCACAGAGGUGGAGCUGCAGUGCCACAUUACCACCCACAGCAAGAAGUACAACUGUCGCUUCUGCAGCAAAGCCUUCCACGCCAUUGUCCUCCUGGAGAAGCAUUUGAGAGAGAAGCAUUGUGUGUUUGAAGGAAAGACGCCAAACUGUGGUGCCAACGGCUCCGCUGUAAACAGUGGAGACGGCCAACCUAAAGAGGACGCGGAGCUGCAAGGUCUUUUAACCAACAGCCAUGGACCUGGAGCAGCCGGCGGAUCUGUGGUGGAGUCUCAAAACAGCCACGACGGAAGCGAGGAAGAGGUGGACUCUGCUGAGCCGAUGUAUGGCUGUGACAUAUGUGGAGCGUCAUACACCAUGGAGUCGCUCCUCACCAACCACCAACUGAGAGAUCACAACAUCCGCCCCGGUGAGAGUGCAAUGAUAAAAAGGAAAGCUGAAAUGAUCAAAGGCAAUCACAAGUGCAAUGUUUGUUCCCGCACCUUCUUUUCCGAGGCCGGACUGAGGGAACAUAUGCAGACCCACCUUGGGCCAGUCAAACACUACAUGUGUCCCAUCUGUGGGGAGCGAUUCCCUUCCUUGCUCACUUUGACGGAGCACAAGGUCACUCACAGCAAGAGUCUGGACACCGGCAGCUGCCGUAUUUGUAAGAUGCCUCUGCAGAGCGAAGAGGACUUCCUGGAGCACUGCCAGAUGCACCCCGACCUGAGGAACUCCUUAACCGGUUUCCGUUGUGUGGUGUGCAUGCAGACCGUCACCUCCACACUCGAGCUCAAGAUCCACGGCACUUUUCAUAUGCAGAAGACCGGCACCAUGACCGCCAACCAGCCAAUGGUUCGCACCAACACCCUCUCCCAAAACCAGCAGCCGCACCUCGCCCAAAAGUUUUUCAAGUGUGCCUCAUGCCUGAAAGAUUUCAGGUCCAAGCAAGACCUAGUCAAACUGGACAUCAAUGGACUGCCUUACGGACUGUGUGCGUCCUGUGUGACAGCCGCCGGCUCCACGAGCUCCAGUCCAACCGUGAACGGAGGACGGCCGCAGCAACACGGGGGAGCCACCACUCCAGCAACAACCACUGCUGCGUGGGUGCAAGGAGACAGUCUCAGCCCCGGUGAAGGAAAAGGCAAAGCCGUCUCCUCGACAUCCUCGUCCUCGUCCACAACUUCAUCGUCUGCGGCCAAGACUCGCUGUUCCAGCUGCAAUGUGAAGUUCGAGUCGGAGGCGGAGCUGCAGAACCACGUUCAGACGGUGCAUCGGGAGCAAUCGGCGGACAGCAACAGCGGGCAGCUCAAGACUCCCCAGGUGUCCCCCAUGCCCCGAUCCAGUCCCUCGCAAACCGAAGAGAAGAAGACAUACCAGUGCAUCAAAUGCCAGAUGGUUUUCUACAGUGAAUGGGACAUCCAAGUUCAUGUGGCCAACCACAUGCUGGGCUCACAAGUUUCUGGAUCACAUCACCAAAUAGUGGGAGAGAGACUCAUUGAUCUGGAACCAAACCGCCUCUCUGUUUGGGACACGCUUCUAGGCGCAGGUGAAUUUAAACACGAGGAAGGACUGAACCAUGAAUGCAAGCUAUGUAGUCAGUCGUUUGACUCUCCGGCGAAACUUCAAUGCCACCUGAUUGAGCACAGCUUCGAGGGCAUGGGUGGAACCUUCAAGUGUCCGGUCUGCUUCACAGUGUUCGUUCAGGCCAACAAACUCCAGCAGCACAUCUUCUCCGCCCACGGCCAGGAGGACAAGAUCUACGACUGCUCCCAGUGUCCACAGAAGUUCUUCUUUCAGACAGAGCUACAGAACCACACGUUGACUCAGCACAGCAGCUAACAUGGCAGAGAGUUCAGCGCCGCGGCAGAGCAGAAGGAUCACAUGAUGCCGAGAACAAUGACUGACCGCCAAUUACCAUCAGGGCAGUUUCCCCCCCGACUGUCUCGCACUGAAGUUUCAACUCCAAGAAACCCUGUCACAGGAAGGAAAAAAAGGAACAAGCGAAGGGACAUAAAAGAAAACUGUGUUCUUUAAAACUAUGAUGACAAAAAUAAAGAAAAGACCAACUUGUUUGUACAUAGACCUCUUCAUGUGUUGCUUAACCUCAGCUCUAUUGCAAUCUUAUACAGUAUUUGCCAAUGUACAGUUUAAAAUGUUUGUUUGAAAACAUUAAAGGGAAAAAAAUGACUUUGUCAGUCAAACGUGAUGGAUCUUAAAGGAGAAACAGGGUGUCACUGAGAGCGAAGCGAAACUGCAGGAACUGACAAUCGUUCCCAGAAGGACUCUUUUCAUCAGUGGCACUCCCACUGCGCCAAAAGUCACUCUGUAUCCAGACGUGGUCACUCAUUAUGGGAUGGAGGAAGUCGGAUUCACCAGGAUAGACGACAAAAACUGCACUGCCUGCGCUGGAGUUCAUAGAAGAGGCAAAAAAAACAAAAAAACAGAGGAGAAAAACAGGACAGAGGGAAGGGAUGCUGAUAUAUGCAAACGCAGUGACACAGAUUUGGAAAGGCUAGUUCCUCUGGUUGGCUCGUGAACAGAGGCGUGAAGCUCCCAUGUGGCUCUCAGAGCGUGGGGAAAUCUCAAGCCCACUGAUUCAACCUGUACAUUUCUGUUAUUAAUGUUUACCGUGUGGAGCCCGGAGAUUACUGGAAUUUGUGUUUUUUUUAAUGCUUUAAGUCACUAUGUAUUUUAAAUUUGCAAGAUUUGAAUUUCAGGGUCGUGAAGAACACAAUUUGUGAGAUAAACUUAUAAAAAGCCCGAUCUUUGGCUCUCCUGGAGAGUGCCCACACUCAUAUCUUGUUUUUUUUGCAGCAUCUUAUUGUCCUUUACAAAAAGCUGGAAGACCCUCAUAACAAAACUUUAAUCCAUUUUGUUAUGUAAAUACUUGGAAUUCAUUGAACCUGAGAUGCACUUUUGUAUGAAACUUUAAUGUUUUGACAUUUUGAUUGACAAUUGUUCUUACCCAGUUUACAGGAAAUCACCACCUCCUGCUGCAAAAAGACGGUCGUCUCCGAUGUUAUUAAAAUGUAUUGUACAAAUAUGGAGCUCUGUAUUUGGCAGACCUCGUUUUUUUUUUUUUCUUUUUUUUUGUGUUGCACAUGUGAUGGAAAUAUUAAAAACUGUAUAAGGAAAA